UGCAAUUGUUUGAUUCUGUGAACUGUGUAUUUCGAAAACAUGCGGUAGAAUACAUUUAAUGAAUUCAACUUUCACUUUGGGGAGACGAAAAGUUUGUGUAGUAAAUUAUUUAUAUAGUUCGUGGAAAAACAUAUCAUGACUGGAGGGUGAUGAUUCAGAGAAGUUAAGAAGGAUAUUUGGGAUAAUAAUCAUGCACCAUGACCUAUGGAAUAAAUCAAGCAUGUUGUGAACAUGAUGUUACUACAUCAGUGUAAAACUAAGCAUUCUAAACAGUAAGCUUUAUUAUAAUUGUACUGAUAGUGAUAUAGAACCAAGAAAAAAGAGUAAAAAUGGCCAGUGAUGAGUCCACACCAUUUCUUAUGGACAAGAAACGUGGGGAGUCUGUCAUUUCGUACGAUAUGUGCCAGGAAGAAGAGGACAGCCUUAUGGAAAAUGGGCCGAUCCGAGAGUCGCCCCGCCCCUCACAGCGCUCACCCCACCCACGGGGAGCCACUCCAAGAUCACGAUCGGUCAAUGAGGAUGUUGACAGUAGGAGAUCGGUAGACAUUAACAUUUUGACAGCGUCUGGUAGUCAUAUUGUCUGCAAAUCAGGGGAAUUCGGAAGCAUUGAGGAAAGCGUAAUUCUCACAUCAACCACGAACAUGGAGAGCCUGAUGCAUUUGUUGAAGGGGAUGGUGGGUACGGGAAUCCUCGCAAUGCCAGUCGCUUUCAAGAAUGGGGGGCUCUGGGUGAGCUUUGUUAUCGUCCUCUUGUUGGGCAUCAUCGCCACCCACUGUAUGCACAUUCUGGUUAUCUCCGGAAAUGAGCUCUGUAAAAGGAAAGGCGUGAAGCACCUUGACUAUGCAUCUGUUAUGGAAGAGUCUUUAGCAACAGGAACGCCAUGCAUGCAGGGUUGGAGCAAGUUUGGGAAGAAUUUUGUCAAUGGAUUUCUUAUCAUAACCCAGUUUGGUUUCUGCUGCGUCUACUGUGUGUUUGUUGCAGUCAAUGUUAAACAGGUUGUGGAGCAUCAGAACAUAGUGGCUCUCGACAAUAAACUGUACGUCGUGUUUGUGAGCGUGCUGCUAAUCCCAUACGUUCUCGUGCGGAGUCUCAAAGCCCUUGCUCCAUUCUCUGCAGUCGCAAAUGUUUUUAACCUUUUUGGUCUUGUGGUAAUAUUCGUUCACCUGCUGAACACGUUUCCAGACUUCCUGGCUCGUCCAGCUGUUGGGAAUUUAUCAACGCUGCCUCUCUUCUUCGGGCAAGCAGUGUUUGCGUUUGAAGGGAUUGGUUUGGUUUUGCCACUGUAUGACAAGAUGCGGGAACCUACAGCAUUCCUGGGGAAAGCAGGCAUUCUUAACCUCGGUCUCACAAUCACAGUGUCCCUCUACGUGGCUGUGGGUUUCUAUGGAUUCCUGAAAUAUGGCGACGAUGCCAAAGGCAGUGUGACUCUGAAUCUACCAUCUGAUAACUGGUUAUUCCUGUCAGUGAAGCUCAUGUUCGCUGUGUCGCUGUUUAUUUCAUAUGGACUUCAGUUAUAUGUGCCAGUCAACAUUAUAUGGCCUUUUAUAGUGAGAAAACUAGAGAAUCGUUACCCCAAACUUCAAACAAUAUCUGGCCGAGAUCGAGGAGAGAUUGUGUUUCGAAUAUUUCUUGUUAUAUGCAUUGCUGGCCUUUCAGCGUUAGUGCCCCACCUGGAUCUCUUACUGGCAUUGGUCGGUGCAUUUGCCAGCUCUUUCCUUGCGCUCAUAAUCCCACCUGUGAUAGAACUGUUUACAUUCGAAUGCGCAGCAGGGACGUGGAUCAAGAACAUUGUGAUUGUUGUCUUUGGCUUGCUGGGUUUUGUCACUGGCACAUAUUCAUCUCUGGCAGAAAUUGCGAAAACUUUUUAAUAGAUAUUGUGUGGAUUUUACAGAAGAUGGAUAUUUUUAUUUUAAAAUGUAUACGAGUAGUUGUGUUUUUAAUUUUAAUAUAUAAGUGUUUUGUUGAGCUGGAACAGCUUUAUAAACCUAGACCAAUUACAUUUUAUAUUUGUUUUAAGUGUUAUCAAAACAUGACAACUUUUUUACGUACAUGUACAUGAAUGCUUAUGAAAUACAGUUUUGCAAAG